AUGUAUGAUUAUGGUCAUUUAUUUCAAUUGAAAUAAGUUCAUUAACUUUUCUGCGAUGUUUUCAGAUUUACUGACUAUUAUUUAUAAAUAAUGAAUAAAUUUACUUUGAGAUUUCCUUUUGAAUUAGAGCAAAAAUAUGAAGAUGCCACAAGAGAGUCUUCGUUGUCACAUUUUAAAUCGUAUCAUCCAUUGCUAAUAAUGAUCAAUCUAGGUGUGGCUAUCAUUCAAUUGCAACAAGGAUAACUGACAAAUGGAAUAUUGCUAUCUAUAAGCACCAUAAUUCUCAUAAUACAAUUUCCUAUAGUGUGUAGGAUGAAGCAGAACAAGAAUAUUUGCAGCGUGUUUGUUUUUAACAAUAUCAUAAUGACUGUAGUUUAGUUGUUUGUUGAUAAGAAUACGAGCAAUUAUAAUAAUUUGUACGUUGCUGGAUGUGCAAUUACAAUGAUCAACAUAACCUUAUUGGAACNUUGUAUCAUGUACAUUGUAUUGUGUUCUGAACCACCUUUCUUUUCGGAGCACUUGAAGGAAUUACUCUAAAAGAUACAGUUUAAGCCACUUGCAUUUCCUCAAGAGGAAUGGAAGGACAUUAGUUAGGAUUGUAAGAAGAUAGUUUAAGGAUUGCUUCAGAAGGAUCCAGAAAAAAGAUUGACUUGUUCGGAAGCUUUGAAUAGUGAUUGGGCUAAGAAGGCGUAUCGUAAGCCGUUGGAAAUAAAAAUCAAUUAGAAAUAGGGGAACAUCCCUCAAUCGAACGAUUGCACUCCUGUGAAUACAUCUAAUAUUAAGGGGUUGAAAAGAUAUGCCAAAAGUAAAUAAUUCAAAAGGGAAGUGCUCAGAAUACUGAUCAAUCAAUUGAAUGAUAAGUAGAUUGACAAAUUAAGUUAGAAGUUUAAGGAAUUAGAUAAGGAUGAGGAUGGGUUUAUUACCCCUUAGGAAUUGUCUUAAAUUAUGGCUAAAUUAGGGUUUGAAACUACAAAAAAUGAAAUUGAAUAAUUAAUUCGUAAUAUGAAUCCAGAAGAGUAAUAGGCUUUGCAGAUCAAGUACUCUUAAUUUUUGGCUGCAACUCUGGAUUUGAAAUAGUAUUUGAAUAAGGAAAGAUUGUGGAGUUUGUUUCGUUAUUUUGAUGUUUAAGAUAAGAAAUACAUCACCAAGGAGGAUGUUUAAUAUGCUUUAAAGAGAGAAGGGAGGGAGGAGAUGGCUUCAGAUAAGAUUUUAAGUGAUUUGAUGAUCCACGAUGGGAAAAUGACAUAUAAAGAUUUUUGUUAGUUGAUGCAUGAUGACAUGGAAAGUGAUUAAUUCUUUGAGUAUUUCGAAAGACUGCACGCUUCUCCUGAAAAGCACAGAAGUAUUAGUAAAACUUGA